AUGGCCGGCUCCCAAAGAAUUGCGAUUGUCUCUGUCUAUGACAAGACGGGACUGUUGGACUUGGCCAAGGGCCUUGUCCAGAACAAUGUGCGCAUCCUCGCUUCCGGCGGCACUUCCAAGAUGAUCAGGGAGUCUGGUUUCCCUGUCGAGGACAUCUCUGCCAUCACCAAGGCCCCUGAGAUGCUCGGUGGCCGUGUCAAGACUCUCCACCCCGCCGUUCACGCCGGCAUCCUGGCUCGCAACCUCGGUUCGGACGAGAAGGACCUCGCCGAGCAAAACAUUGACAAGGUCGACUAUGUCAUCUGCAACCUGUACCCCUUCAAGGACACGGUUGCCAAGAUCAAUGUCACCGUUCCCGAGGCGGUCGAGGAGAUCGAUAUCGGCGGUGUUACUCUGAUCCGCGCCGCGGCCAAGAACCACUCUCGCGUCACCAUCCUCAGCGACCCCAGGGACUACGCCGAGUUCCUCAGAGAGAUCGAGGCCGGUGAGGUCAAGGAGGAGACCAGGAAACUCUAUGCCCUCAAGGCCUUCGAGCACACCGCCGACUACGAUGCCGCCAUCUCCGAGUUCUUCCGCAAGCAGUACGCUACCGGCCUCCAGUACCUUCCCCUCCGCUACGGCGCCAACCCUCACCAGAAGCCCGCUUCCGCCUACGUCAAGGAGGGUGAGCUUCCCUUCAAGGUUCUCGGCGGUGCCCCCGGCUACAUCAACCUUCUCGAUGCCCUCAACAGCUGGCCUUUGGUCAAGGAGCUCAAGAAGGCCCUCGGCAAGCCCGCUGCCGCCAGCUUCAAGCACGUUUCUCCCGCCGGUGCUGCCAUCGGCGAGCCCUUGACCGCCGAGGAGCGCAAGGUUUACAUGGUUGACGAUAUCCCCGGCAUUGAGAGCUCCGGUCUCGCUCAGGCUUAUGCCCGCGCCAGAGGUGCCGACCGCAUGAGCAGCUUCGGCGACAUGAUUGCUCUUUCCGACAUUGUCGAUGUCCCCACCGCCAGCAUCAUCUCCAAGGAGGUUUCCGACGGUGUUAUCGCCCCCGGGUACGAGCCCGCUGCUCUUGAGAUCCUCAAGAAGAAGAAGGGCGGCAAGUACCUCGUCCUCCAGAUGGACCCCGAGUUUGAGCCCUCCAAGUCCGAGACCAGAACCGUCUACGGCAUCACCCUCGCCCAGGGCCGCAACGACGUCGAGAUCUCGCCCGAGACCUUCCGCAACAUCAUCACCCCCAAGAACGCCGGGCCUCUUUCCGAGACCGCCCAGCGUGACUUGACUGUCGCCACCAUUGCUCUCAAGUACACUCAGAGCAACUCUGUCUGCUACGCUGCUAGGGGCCAGGUUGUUGGUCUCGGCGCUGGCCAGCAGUCCAGAAUCCACUGCACCCGUCUUGCCGGUGACAAGGCCGACAACUGGUGGCUCCGCUUCCACCCCCGCGUCCUGGGCAUCAAGUGGAAGAAGGGCACCAAGCGCCCCGACAAGAGCAACGCCAUUGACCUGCUCGUCAGUGGUCAGGUCCCCAAGUCCGGCCCUGAGCGUGAGGCCUUUGAGGGCUUCUUCGAGGAGGUCCCUGCCGCCUUCACCGAGGAGGAGAAGACUGAGUGGCUCGGCAGAGCUUACCGAUGUUGUUGUCUCCAGCGAUGCUUUCUUCCCCUUCACCGACAAUGUCUACCGCGCCUCCCGAUCGGGCGUCAAGUACAUUGCCGCUCCCCUCGGCAGCCAAAACGACAUUCCCGUGUUCGAGACGGCCGAGAAGCUGGGCAUCACCUUUGUGGAGCAAAACAUUCGUCUGUUCCACCACUAAGAGUGCGAUGA